UCAUCUGUCAUCUGUCUAAAAGAUAUGUUAUUUGGGUUUUCAAAAGCCUAUUUUAUUUAUUUUUUAAGGUUUAGCAAGAUAGUGCACCAAACGUUUUCUAUCUAGUAAUAUUAUUACCCUUAGAUCUAGAAUGGGUUGUUUGAAAAGAUUUAAAACUCAACACAAUUUAAUUGUUCGUAGUUUGAGGUUAUGCUAUUCAACAGGUAAAGAAAAAUUGGAAAAGCAACCUAAACUAGCUACAGAUGUUUUGAAAUACUUAGAAAAUGACACAGAUUACAGUAAAAUAAUUGAAAAGCUACCUAGAUCUCUGUUAAGGAAAUACAAAACGCCAGAAAGUAUGUAUUUAAUAAAUACAAAAACUGCAAGAGAAAUAGCAGAAACUAUAAGAAACCAUGUAAACGAAGAAUCACCGGUAGUUGAAGUGAAUCCCGGCUUAGGUUACCUAAGUAAAGAAUUAUUGCAAUGUACAAAAAACCACAUUUAUCUGUAUGAAACUUCAAGUCACUUUUCCCCACAUUUAGAAGCAUUGCGAAAUGAAAAAAGUAAAAGACUUACAUACAAAGUGGCAGAUUUCUUUGGAAUGUGGAAGUUAGCAUUUCAGGAUAAGAUGGAUGGAGGAAACCGACUUACAGAAUUAUUGGGUGAUCUUGCAUCUAAUGAUAAAAAUAGGAUCAUAAAGAUUGUUGGUGCGAUGCCAGGUUUAAACUUUGUAAAACAUCUUAUUUACAAUAUAGUAUUCAACAAUGAUACAGACCUGCUUGGCAGGACUGACCUGUUCAUAACAAUGCCAGCACAUCACUAUAGAUAUCUUACAGAUAUUGAUAUACAAGAAGGGAAAUUCAAAACAAUACCGGCAUUAUUUCAAUCAUUUUUCGAUUGUAAGGUUUUAAUAAAUGUGCCUAAAGUACACUAUUUACCUUGGACUUAUCCACCCAGUGGAAAAAAAGCUUUAAUGAUGGAUGAGUACAGUUUGUGCUUGGUCAACAUCACUCAGAAGGAGAAGUUACCUUGUCCUGCAGAUUACUUACCACUUUUAUGGUAUUUUUUAAAGCCACAUAUAUGUUCAAAAACAACUAAAGUUAUACCUAUGUUAGAACAAUGGAUUCCUGGUUGUGGAGUUUGGUUGAUCACAGGACAAGAUCCUCCGGAUUCCAAUAAACUGUUAUGUCCAACUAGUGAGGAUGCCCCACUACCACAUAUGACAAUAUUUACCGAAUUUGGUGAUCUCAAUUUGAAACAGAAAAUUACUGUCUUCAAGAGAUUUAUAUCAUGGCCAGAAUUUGAACAAUGUCCGUUCCGAGUGACAAUGGAAAGUAACUUACCAAAGUCUAUUUCGCAAAUAGAGGAUGACGAUAAGAGAAGACUGAACACUCAUAUAGAUGAUAUUGAAGAGUCGGAUGGUGAAACUGAAGAAAAUGAAAAAUAAAAACCUCUCAAUUAUGCAACAUGUUUAUUUCUUUUAACCAAAUUAAAAAAAUCUGAAUGUGCAGUUAACCAAACACUAUAUAUUGCAAUCUAUUGUAAUAAAUAUAUAAUUACAGGCACAAGCAGAUACAUUUAAAAUAAAAUUCUUCCUUUUGUC